CGCUUGCUGAUGACGGUCAGAAGACAAGCGAAAAAAUAUACUCUAAUCGUAAGUUACUUUAUGGGAAAUGUUUAUUUAUGCAAAAAGUUACGCUAUAGUUAUAUCAUUACUGGCGUUAAGGGUAUCGUCGGUUGGCGAAAGGGCUUUUAAUGCUUGCAAGAAAUUUGCUGUAUCUAUGUUAGAAUGUCAGAAUAUUUUAAACCCAAAAUAUAGAGUCAGAGUGCCCGUUGACUUACUGCUGUAUCCCCAUAUGGCAUUGAUUGGAUUUCGAAAGCACAUUCAAGAUCUGCCCGCGUGGAAAUGUGGUGGAACAUUAAUAAGUGAAAACUGGGUUUUAACAGCAGCUCAUUGUGUUGAAGAUCCUUCAGAAGGAAUAGCGAGUAUUAUAAGAAUCGGAACUGCCACUUUUGAAUUCGAUGAAGUCGAAGAACUGACUCAGGAAAGAGAAAUCGAUGAGAUCAUUUCUCAUCCAGGAUAUAAACCACCAUCCAAAUACCAUGAUAUCGCGUUGAUGAAAGCUAAACCAGAGUUUGUUCUGAGUAGACAUAUACGACUGGCUUGUUUAAAUCUUAACUACACAGAUAAUAUGAAGCUGACAGUCAUUGGCUUCGGUAAAACGGUAUCCAGUGCGCAAACUGGAAGUGAAACGUUAAUGAAAGUAGAUGUCGACAUUGUUAGUAGUAAAAUUUGCAACAGAUCUAUGCGAUAUAUGAUAAAGAGAAAAGUUUUGGCUCAGGGUAUAACGGAGAAUCAACUUUGCGCUGGUGAUUAUGAACAUGGAGGAAAAGAUACUUGUCAGGGUGACUCAGGUGGACCUUUGCAAAUGAUGGAUGACAGAGUAGAUUGUAUUAAUACUUUCCCUUUACACAAGAUAGUUGGAGUUACAUCGUUUGGAAGAGAUUGUGGAAGGAAAAUGGCUCCAGGUGUUUACACAAGAGUUUCGAAAUAUAUUGAAUGGAUUGAGAAUAUUGUUUGGCCUGAAUAUUCAGAUUCCCAAAAAGCAGAAAUGGAAACGAUAUGAAAAAAAAGCUUUGUAGAUCUAACCUCAAAUCAAAUUUACGUACUAGGAAGUAAGAAGCAUAGCUGACGCUGAUUAAGUUCAAAUCCUGAACAUCACCAUUAAGAUCCUCCAUUGCUCCUUUAAACAUCAUCACAGAACAGUUUAUUAGUCGACGCCUUUCGAGUCCAAUUUUUUUUGUUGAUAUUAAGCCAGUACAUAUAUAUGAAUAUGAAUAAUUCAUAUCGAGCAUAGAAUUUGACAACAUAGUCACUUAUCAGGUUCUAGCAUAGCUACAAACCAACACCUUGAUAAAAAAUAAAUACUUUGUGCAUAGUAUGUCUAUAUCGUGAGUUACAAGAAGUAACACCAAUAUAAAGAAGAAUAUUAAUCAACUGUUUAAAACACAUAUUUGCAUACUCACAAUAAACACCAGACAAAACAGCGACCUCUUCCACAUAAUUCUCGAAGCCGCAUUUUUAGUUAUGAUAUAUAGUGAAGUAAGGAUAACGGGUCUCACCUGAAACAAAUGGAAUGUUCUUUGAAAAAAACCGUCAAGAUUGAAGCCGCAGGGGACAGGUACGGAAUAAAAAAUAUAUAUAUAUGUUACGUUUGAGAACGAACGAGCGUGGAAUGAAGAUGGCGUUCAUAGCAAAUGGAUACGAAUGACUGUUGAAAAAACAUGCUUUUCUUAGUUUUUUGUUGAAUUAAGAUUCGGUAUCACAUUGUUUUUGAUGACGUCAAUUUUAUAACAACUUUGUUGAUUAAUUACAUAGUAAUGUAUUAGUUUCUUUGACUUUUGUGAUUGUUGUUUUAUGUAUUUUAAACAUUUUUAUGUUUAAAGUUAAGUUCUCCAGUUCUUAACUAAGGUAAUUCCCGGCUGAUGUAACGUUGAAAAAUAGACAAUUAAAGUUAGAGGAAGUUAGAAAGUCGUUUUAUUAUGGAAAAUACAAU